CCGGGGGCCCCGACGGGCGGGCGCGCGGCUCGGGGACCAUUCGGUCGAGGAUCCCGUGUCUCUCUCUGCAGCGUCACCAUGUCCUCGGUGUUCGGGAAACCCCGCACGGGCAGCGGGCCACCGAGUAUGCUCCCCGAGGUCAACCUGGCCAUCCUGGGGCGCCGCGGGGCUGGGAAGUCCGCCCUGACAGUGAAGUUUCUGACCAAGAGGUUUAUCAGCGAAUAUGACCCCAACUUGGAGGACACCUACAGCUCUGAAGAGACCGUGGACCACCAGCCUGUCCUCCUGAGGGUCAUGGACACGGCAGACCCGGACACCCCCAGGAACUGUGAACGCUACCUGAACUGGGCCCAUGCCUUCCUGGUAGUGUAUAGUGUUGACAGCCGCCAGAGCUUUGAGGGCAGCAGUAGCUACCUGGAGCUGCUCGCGCUACAUGCAAAGGAGACCCAGCGUGGUUACCCUGCUGUGCUGCUGGCCAACAAGCUGGACAUGGCCCAGUACAGGCAGGUGUCCAAAGCAGAGGGUGCGGCUUUGGCAGGCAGGUUCGGGUGCCUGUUUUUCGAGGUCUCUGCUUGCCUGGACUUUGAGCAUGUGCAGCAUGUCUUCCAUGAGGCGGUGCGGGAGGCACGGCGGGAACUGGAGAAGAGCCCCCUGGCCCGACCCCUCUUCAUCUCUGAGGAGAGGGCCUUGCCCCACCAGGCCCCACUCACCGCCCGGCAUGGGUUGGCCAGCUGCACCUUCAACACACUCUCCACUGUCAGCCUGAAAGAGAUGCCCACUGUGGCCCAGGCCAAGCUGGUCACCGUGAAGUCAUCCCGGGCUCAGAGCAAGCGUAAGGCACCCACCCUGACCCUACUGAAGGGCUUCAAGAUCUUCUGA